ACACGUAUAAACCGCCAUAACAAAGUAACUCUAGAAUGUGAUGUUGGAGGAACUCCUACCCCCACCAUACAUUGGUUAAAAGACGGUGAAAGAUUAACACAGGUUAGUAGAAUAAACCUAUUUUUUCAAUUAAAAAUCAAACGGAAACCUUUAUUACGACUUUCUACGACAGUAUCCAACCUUUUUCUUGAUUGCCUUACGCCUGAAACAGAAGGCGAAUAUUCAUGUAUAGCUGAAACACCAAAAUCCCGUAUUGAACGAUCAACAAAAGUAUUAAUCACUUGUCUUUCAGGAGAAGCAGCUCGUAUAUAUCUAUGGACUAAAAAUAGAAUUGAAUUUGAAGAUGCCACAGUACAACUUUACUGUAGAGCUGAAGGUACACCAGCACCUAAAAUAACCUGGUUUAAUAAUCAUGGUAAAAUGAUCACAGAUGAAGAUGAAGAGUACAAAGUAGCUGACAACGGCGACUUGAUUAUUAAAGAUAUAUCUUGGAUGGAACACAUGGGAGAAUGGACAUGUCAAGCUGAAAAUCCUUAUGGCAUUGAUCGAAAGGAGACGUUCCUCUACCCAGUAAGUAAACUUUAUAUCACUUGA